CACCCAUACAUAAAUACAUUCAUGUACAUACACCUACUGUAUGCAUAUAUAUUAUUAUACAUAAUCACAUAAUGCUUAAUAAUCGUUCGGAUCCCAACUAUGAUGCUCAAACAUGCAUCUGUUCUGUUGUUGUGUUAGUAGGUUAGUAAGGUUAGUAAAUCUGUGAAUUAGCAUUGUUUACCAAAAGGGUGAGACAGGUGUUGGUGCAUGCGGCACGUCAACCAAACCACUUUAAUACCUGCUUGUAAAAUAUUUUUUUUUGUGAUUCUUCCUCCUUAAACGCCACACUGUAAAAAUGCAACUAGUAGCUUCUGUGCCAAAUGCAGGGUUAAACUGUGUUCACGUGAAAACACAUAAUGUUAGCUUCAUUCAUUUAGCAUUUCUAAUGUGGUUAAUGUGCUUAGCUUAACAAACUUAAAAAAAAUAAUAAAAUUUCAAAUAAACCAAGACAAAGAAAAACGUUGCACCAAAAACAACCCAAAGUGUUUCUCUGUGUUUGUACCGAUACUGUAAAUAUUGUCAGGGACAAUACGUAAGUUAAAUCUUGCUAUUUAUUAAACUAAUUUAAUUCAAGUGCUACUGAACUUUGAGAAGUUCAGUAGCACUUGAAGAAUACACCCAAUCAGCCUGGGGUCAUGAAAGUUGUUUUAAAGGGAAAGCCUUCACACAUUCCGUUCAACCCUCAAAGAAAACAAAGACAUGUUCACAUGUUUUGACCUGUCAGCCUUUGUAAAUGAUCCAACCUCAACAUUCAAAUCGAAAUAGUUUCAGUUCAGAAAAUGAAAGUGAACAAGCCAAACACCUUCUGCAACGUCAUUUAACAAAGUAUGUCACCUAGUCUCCCACGACCUCUUGCCCAUCUCCAUCACUCGUCAGUAUACAGUAAAUCACAGCAAAACAUGACAGUACAGCUAGAAUUACCCAUCCACUGUAAAAAUGCCCUGCAAUUAAAGAAAAAAAACAUUCUGUUCAGGAUACUGGUGACCCCAAACACAAAGCAUAGGAGGAAAGCAUUUUUCUUGUAUCAUAAUGUAUAUCAACCCCAAAGGUCCGUAUAAUACUGAUGGAAUAAAGGCUUUAAUUAUGAUAUGAAUGAGUUAAAAAUAAUCACUUCUAUACUGUGAGUAUGAGUAUAGUAUUAAAAAGUAGGUUAUGAGUCUUCUAGUUCUUAGCAGGGCACAUAGUGUAUAUCUGGAAUGAUCUGUACAUAGACAUGAGGGUAGGCAAGCAGAGAUUUCCAUAUAGCUGGAGUUUAAUGAGCAUUCGUACCGGCAUUCUUUAAUGCAGGAGCAUUCUUUAAUGUAUUACUUGAUGAUUGUUAAUGAUUGUUUGUCUUUGCAUCAUAAUGAAACAAAGAUUUGAAAAAUGAGGAACAAUCUGAAAAGCUCGUAAAUCAGCUCUGUUGGAAGAUCCAUGAUUUAUGCAGAAAUGCGCUUUAGUAGAGUAGUAGAGUGACGUAGUUCUGCACCACAACAGUGAAAAGCUGCUGCUGUUCUGAACACGUGAAUUUGUGUCAGGUGUCAAUUAAGUCAUUAAAAAUAAUUUAAUUUUGAUUUCAUGUUGUAGAGUAGGUUGUUACUAAAACAUCACACUACUGAGAGAAUGAAUGACAACGAUCUAUUAGGUUGUAAAUGUAUGUGUUAAAGUCUUUGUAAUGUACAUGUCAAAACUAUUUAUUGAGCAUUAGAUGAAUUAAGAAUGAUGGCCUAUGAUGCCAGUGCUUUGUGUCUGGUGAAAGCACAACUCAUUAGUUUAGUGUCAUUAACACAUUAACACAAAGAACAAAUAAAAGAAUUAAUUGAGCUUUGUUGCAGUCUUGGCAAAACAUUGGUAUUAUAUAUGUAGCAGUGAAGAUGUGCAGUGUCUUCUUUAACCUUUUUAGGUCACUAAUUUCCCUCCCCACCCACUGUACAUUCCAAACGUGUACACAACUUAUUAAAACUACACCCAUAUUUUCAUUAGCCCGACAAUUAGUCAGUAACCAGUCACUGCUGUACGACAGUCCAUGCUUUGUGAACUCUUAUCUUGUGCCAACAUGAGCAGGCUAAUUCUAACAGCAGGUCUCUGUUUGAUGAUCAUCAGCUUGGCCUCUUCUUCCAUGCUGGUGUGUUACUUUGACCGCUCAGCGGAAACCAGAGCCGCACAAGGCGAGUUUACGAUUUCAGACAUUGAUCCAAAACUGUGCACCCACAUUAUCUACACAUCCGCUGACAUCAGCUCUACGAAUGAACUGGUUCCCUUCAACGCUUCUGACUUAAUAGACUACAAGUCCUUGAACAGGCUCAAAACCAGAAAUCCACAGCUCAAAACCCUGUUAUCAGUUGGUGGAGUGACGUUUAACAUACAAAAGUUUAGUAAGAUGGCGUCAACACCAACAACCAGAUCCACGUUUAUCCAGUCUGCUGUCUUACAACUGAGAACCUUUGGGUUUGAUGGGAUCAACGUGGACUGGAGGUUCCCUGGACCAGGUGACAAACAGGCAUUCACAAUGUUGUGCGAGGAACUUCUUGGUGCUUUUGAGGAUGAAGGGAUUCAAACUUACCGCCAAAGACUAAUUCUCACUGCUAGCGUCUCUGCUGAGAAAGCAGUCAUCAGUGCCAGUUAUGAAGUACCACAGAUUGCCACGUCCCUUGAUUACCUACUCGUGCUGACAUUUGACUUUCACGGCCCCUGGGAAAAUGUCACAGGGCAUCAUAGCCCCCUAUAUCAGGGAUCACAAGACACUGGAAACAACAUCUACCUUAACACUGACUACGCCAUGCGGUUCUGGCAGGACCAGGGGGCACCUGCACAAAAGCUCAUCAUGGGGUUAGCAGCAUAUGGACGAGCCUUUACACUCGCUUCCUCAGCCACAGGUGUUGGAGCACCUGCUAACGGUCCGGGUGAAGAAGGCUGCUACACUGGUGAAAACGGCUUCUGGGCCUAUUAUGAGACCUGUCUAUAUAUUCAAAGGGGUCAAAUCGAGUGGAUUGCUAAACAGGAAGUCUUCUUCAGUGUCACAGAGGAUCAGUGGGUUGGAUUUGACACUCAAAGCAGUCUUGCGAUCAAGGUCAGUUACAUUAAAGCAAACAACUUCGGUGGAGCCUUCGUCUGGUCUCUGGACCUGGACGACUUCAGAGGGGAGUUCUGUAACCAGGGGAUUAACCCUUUCAUCAGAUUCCUGAGUUCUGAACUGAUUUUAGGUGCACAAAAGGUGCCUGAAAUAAUGGCCUGGGAGCUCAGUAGGUACUUCAAGCCCACCAGCACAUGGCAACAAAUAUAAUAAUGAUGAAUAAAACAGACUUCAACACCACAACUCCAACACCAUCUACAAAACACAUACACAGACAUACAAAACACACCAAAACAACUCCAGCACCAUCUACAAAACACACACAUACAAAACACACCACAACAACUCCA